AUGGGAAUUUGUACUAAUAAGUAAUAUGCUUAAGCUAGUGAACCUCCGCAAAACCAUAGACAGAAUCGAUUAUAUUUAAACUAUCAACAAUUGGCAAAUAUCAAUCAUCCUCUGAAUGUGAAUCACAAAUACAACAACUACUUCCAAAUCAUACCAGAUACUACAGCAGGGAAGGGAAUCAAGAUGACCAAUCAAUAUACAAGUCGUCUAAGCAGAGAGGAGUGGCUGGAGAAGAGGAAAGAAUUCUGGGAAUCGAGGGUUGAGGGAGAGAAAGUCUAUUGGCAAUCAAUCCAAAAAGCAAUUGAAGAACAUGACGAAGUCAAUGCACAGGCUAUUCUCAAUGCAUGUGAUCUCAAACUGGUUAAUAAUUCCAUUUAGCUACUUUAUGACAACUCAAUGCAUAAAUAUGAUGUCCCUGUCUUUAUGAUCAAUGAACCUCAAUCAUUCCCGUCCACGAAGCUUUGCGAUGCUGGUUUGAUUCAAGAUUUUCAAGAAACAGAAUUAAAAAUCAAGGUGAGAUCCAACAAACUCCCCUAAGAUUUCGAGGUUCUUACUCACACCAAUCAAAAGCAUAGCUUGAACUGAAGACUAAGGUUUAAGAGUCUGCUUCUGGUUCUGAACAGUGUAGACUGUUUAUCAAGGGAAGAGAAAUGAGGAAUCAUCAUCUCAUUGGAAAUUAUUAACU